AUGGCGUUGAAAUUUCUGAACAAGAAGGGAUGGCACACAGGGAGCCUUCUGAACAUAGAGAACGUGUGGAAGGCAGAGCAAAAGCACGAGGCCGAGCAGAAGAAGUUGGACGAGCUCCGCAAACAGAUCGUUGAAGAGCGCAAGAGUGGAGCCCUGUUGGUUCCGAUAGUUUCAAAACCUUUGAAGCCUUACUCCUCUGCCGCCUCCAAGCAGCAGGCAUCAGCAUCUGUGUCGGGAGCUAUGUUCGAAGAAAAGCCUCAAUCUGCCAAUGAUGCUUGGAGGAAGCUCCACUUGGAUCCUUUGCUUAUGAUUCGGCAGCGUGAGCAGGAAAUCUAUAAGUCUUCUCUAUUUCUUUUUAACUUGAAUUCAGAAAAUGACACUGCCGAAGUGGAAAGGAGGAAGAGUGGUCAUCGUAAGAUAUCAAAGUAUGUUAAGCAUUCAGAUUCGGAAGAUGAAUCACGUAAAAGCGCACGUCGACGUGAGAAUAAUUUCAAGCAUUCAGAUUCAGAAGAUGAAUCACGUAUCAGCGCACAUCGAAGUGGGAAGAACCCUGUUAAGCGUUCAGAUUCCGAAGAUGAAUUCCGUUACAGAACACGGAGAAGUGAGAAGAACCAUGUUAAACAUUCAGAUUCAGAAGAUGAAUCACGUAUCAGAGCACAUCGAAGUGGGAAGAACCCUGUUAAGCAUUCAGAUUCCGAAGAUGAAUUCCGUUACAGAACACGGAGAAGUGAGAAGAAUCAUGUUAAACAUUCAGAUUCCAAAGAUGAAUGA